GUCGGGACACGCUCGGACCUGUCUUUCGCCCCUCUUGUUGUUCCCACAUCUCCCCCUCUCAACCUUUAACAGUGUCCGCCGUACUGCCUUUGCUCUGCUGAGGGACUUCGCCACCGAUGUCUAGCGUGUCCGACGCCCUAUCAGACGACGACCGUCCUCUCGCCGCGACUCCCGCCAAGAACGGAAACGGCCAUGCUGUCAAUGGGAACGGACGUUCCAACGGUGCCAAAGAUUCCUCCCCCAUGAGUGAAGACGAUGACCUGCCACUCUCUCAAGCCACGCGGACCAAGUCCGAGCCAGCUACCCCAAAUAUUCGGUCUCUUAAGCGGAAACAGCCUGUGUUUAGCGACUCCAGUGAUGACGAUGUGCCAUUAGCCUCCUCUCCCACGAAAUCAGCUGCUGUGCCCAUGCCAGGAGCGCACGACGCGACUACCGUUAAAGCGAGUGCCGCAACGAACGGCAAGGCGCAUGGUGCGAAGAGUAAGAAAGAGAUACCGAGCGACUCGGACGACGACGAGCCCUUAACUGCUAAGAAAGGGGCGGCUAAUGGUAAGGCUCGUCAGCCUCCCAAGAAGAAAGUGAAACAGGAAUCCGAGGACGGGGCCUACGAUGACUCCGAGGACGACAGGCCAAUCCAGAAGGAGAAGGCGCCACCUCGAGCUAAACGGAAAACCAAAGUCGAGAGUGAUGUGGGCUAUUCGUCGGAAGAGGAGAAACCGGCGAAGAAGAAACCUGUGACGAAGAAGACCGCGGCGAAGAAGAUCAAGGACGAUGAGGGAGAUGAGGGUGCGUCGGGCUCCGAGCCUCCGAAGGCCAAGAAGAGAAUGACCAAGGCGAAGGCUAAGAAGGAGGAUUCUGAACCCCCGGCGAAGAAAGGCAGAGGCAAGAAGAAGGAGGAAACGGAGGAGCCCGAGGACGUGUACAAGUGGUGGGAGAUCGGCGCGAACAACGAUGGUAGCGAGAAGUGGCAGACCUUGGAACACAACGGGGUAUUCUUUCCUCCGCCGUAUGAGCCUCUUCCAUCGCACGUGAAGAUGAAGUACAACGGACAGGAUGUGGACCUUCCGCCGGAGUCUGAGGAGGUCGCUACAUUUUACGCCAAGCUCCUCGAGACAGAUCACGCAAGGGACGAAACGUUCAAUAAGAACUUUUUCGAGGACUGGCUCAAAGUCCUCAAGAAACACCCUCCCCGUGAUGGCACGAAAAUCACGGACUUCAGUCGCUGCGAUUUCCGGCCCAUGUAUGAGUACUUCGAGGCUGAGAAAGCCAAGCAGAAGGCCUUAACCGCUGCUGAGAAGAAGGAAUUGAGGGAGGCGAAGGCGAAGGCCGAGGAGAAGUAUGCCACCUGUCUCCUGGAUGGUCGUAAGGAGAAGGUCGGCAAUUUCAGGGUUGAACCUCCAGGCCUCUUCAGAGGUCGAGGUGAGCAUCCUAAAAAAGGAUGCCUGAAGUUCCGCGUGCGGCCAGAGGAUAUUACCAUUAACAUUGGCGAGAAUGCGCCCGUUCCAGUUCCGAACAUGCCUGGAAACUGGAAGGCCGUCAUUCACGACAAGACUGUCACUUGGUUGGCCUGCUGGACGGAAAACAUCAACGGGAACUAUAAAUACGUUUUCCUGGCCGCAGGCAGUUCUCUCAAGGGUCAAAGCGACAUGAUCAAGUUUGAGAAGGCGCGCGAGCUGAAGAAUCACGUGGACAGAAUUCGACGUGACUACACUGAGCACCUGAGGAACAAGGUCAUGGCUGACCGUCAGCGUGCCACCGCUAUGUACUUCAUUGACCGUUUGGCGCUUCGUGCUGGCAACGAGAAGGGAGAGGAUGAAGCGGAUACAGUAGGCUGUUGUUCGCUUCGCUGUGAACAUGUUACGUUGGAGCAACCGAACUUCCUUAUCUUUGACUUCCUGGGUAAAGACUCUAUUCGAUACUACAAUCGCGUGCCGGUCGACCAACAGGUGUUCAAGAACAUCCGUAUCUUCAAGCAGGAUAAGGAGGACCACGACGACUUGUUCGAUCGCGUCACCACGUCGUCCUUGAAUAAGCACCUCCAGAACUACAUGAAAGGUCUGACCGCGAAGGUGUUCCGUACAUACAACGCCUCCAUCACUUUCCAGCAACAGCUUGAUCAGGGUACUCCGGAGAAAGGCACGGUACAGGAGAAGCUUAAUGCUUACAACCACGCCAAUCGUAUGGUUGCUAUCUUGUGUAACCAUCAACGGAGUGUGCCCAAGACACAUGAGCAGUCUAUGGAGAAAAUGCGUGACAAGAUCCGAGGCUUCAAGUACGAACGCAGGAAGCUUCGACAUGUUCUGUUCAAUAUGGAUCCCAAGUACAAGAAGAAGAAAGACUAUGCGGAAGACGAGUCGGAUCUGGAGGACGAGUGGAUGUACGAACACGAGGGACGUCUAAAGGCUAAGGAGAUUGAGAAAGCGGAGAAGAAAUUUGCGAAGGAUAAUGAGAAGUUACAGGAAGAGGGCGUGAAACCGCAGCCCGAGUCUGUAUUGAAGGAGCGGAUCAAGGAAAUUGAGGCUGAAUUCAAACAGCUCAGGAAGGAGAGGGAAACCGGCAAGGUGAAAUUAAAGAGGGACCGUCCAGCGGAAAAAGUCGAAGAAGCUAUACAGAAGCUGGACGAGAAGAUUAAGACGUCGAAGUUACAGAUGGUGGAUCGUGAAGCUGGAAAGGAGGUUGCUCUGGGAACGAGUAAAAUCAAUUAUCUCGAUCCUAGGAUCACUGCUGCUUGGUGUAAAGUCCAUGACGUGCCCAUCGAGAAGAUAUUUUCCAAGACCCUCCUGAAUAAGUUCCCAUGGGCUAUGGAAGUGGACGAGGAUUGGAAGUUCUGAGUCGGUCGUCGUUAACACACUGCCUAGCAUCUGGAUUUGGGGGCUGUAUUUUCAGGUUUGUUGUAUCCUUUGCAUCCCAGGACUAGUCGUAUAGUAUGCAUUGUACGCUUUGUGUGGAGGCAUAGAAUAAAUGAAUGUUGCGCUCGUACGUUGUGUACCAACGCGACUUACGCAAGCGUAAUGAC